AUGCAAGAACGAAGACCAAUUCCGCCAAGCCGACGCACAAUAGAUCCACUCGAAGUCAAUGUGACGAUGGCGACAACAAUGAAUUCGAUGCUGAAUGACACAGAAUUCAUUGGCCAUCAAGCGGCUAUUCGGCUGAGCGCGCUCCUUGGCAGCGACCAUGCCAGCCACAAGACUCUGGUUGCAUCUACCGUCGGUCUCGCCGCCACCUUCAUUCUUCUCUGCUGUAGAGUCUUUUGGUACAUCACGGGUCCAAGCCUGAGCCGCUUGCCUCGGGCCGGCAAGGGGCCUGGGUGGUUUGGCUUGGGUCUGACCGAGGCGAAACGAGACUUCAAGAUUAAUGGGCGAAAGAUCCUUGAUGAGGGAUACCGCAAGAGCAAGAAUGGAAUGUUCCUGGUACAAACCCUGAAUGUAGAGCGGGUCGUGUUGAGUCCCAAAUAUGUGGACGAGAUCAACAAGAGUCUGCCCGAAGACGCUCUAGACAUGGCCGAUGGAUUGAGCGAGAGGCUGCUAAGCUCUCAGACAAACCUCGACGUCGUCUUCCGGAGCCCUCUGCAUAUCGAUGUCUGCAAAGCCCAGUUGACACAAAAUCUUCACAGUCUGGUGGAGCCCAUCCACGAGGAAGCAAGCUACUGGCUAGCUCAACGCAUACCUGGCAAGACGCAAAUCAGGGCUUACGAGACCAUGGUCCGCAUUAUAGCUGCUACAGGAUCCAGGAUGCUCGGUGGGCAAGCAGCCAGUCGCAAUGCAGAAUGGCUCGAAACAGCGGCUCUUUACUCAAUGGACGUGGUCAGCGUCGCUGUUAUGCUGCGUCCCUACCCGGCUUUUCUGCGUCCCUUGAUUGCCCCUUGGCUGGAAGGGACUAAGACACUGCGCCGUCACCUGGAAACAGCCAAAAGGACCUUCGGGCCAACGUUCGUCCAAAGACUCGCACUGAAGCAGCAGCAGCGGGAUGGAAAAGCUGACGGCGAGAAACCAAUUGAUAUGGUGCAGUGGAUGGUAGACUCGGCACGCGGCAGUGACCAGAACCCUGACGUUCUGUCGCACAACAUGCUAUUUAUGUCACUGGCUGCCGUGCACACGAGCUCAGCGACGACCAUCCACGCGUUGUUCGACCUCUGUGCCAAUCCAGAGUUCGUCCAGCCCAUUCGUGAGGAGGUUCUCGCCGUGGUGGCCAAGCACGGCUGGACGCUAUCGGCCAUUGCAAGCAUGAAGAAGCUCGACAGCUUCAUGAAGGAGUCGCAGCGGCUGAACCAAGCCGUUCUCAUGACUUUCAACCGCAAGGUCGCUCGGCCUCUGCGCUUCGAGGACGGCACCACACUGCCCGCAGGCACUUACAUCACUAUGCCAAGUGAUUCUGUAGCACGCGACCCGGACAUCUACGACAACCCGGAGCAUUUUGACGGAUAUCGUUUCUACGACCGGAGGAUGGAGGGCGGCAAGAACGCCAAUCGCCACCAGUUCGCCUCGACGGGACCCGAGAGUCUCGCGUUUGGCCAGGGGAAGAAUGCCUGUCCUGGUCGCUUCUUUGCUGGCGUGCAAAUCAAGGUUGUGCUCGCCAACAUCCUGCUCAAGUACGACAUUUCCUUCCCGCCCGGUCAAACGGAACGUCCCAAGAACAUAUACAAGGGCGGCUUGGUCCGGCCAGACCCUCGCCAGAAGCUUCUUUUUGUCCCACGCGACGAACAAAAAUAG